CGCCAACGGAGGCGCGGGUGGGCCGUCUCUUCUCUCGCAAGAGCCUUGCGGAAGGUGCGACCAUGGGCCAAAAAAGUACGAUGCCCGCUGCAAUGAUGUCCGGGGGUUUGAAGACGCACCGCAGGCACAACCGGCUGCGUGCGCGUGCGGAGAAGUCUUGGAGCUACAUGCAGCAGCGCGACUUCCGCCGGCGCCUAGACACAGUGCACCAC